UUUUUUUCUUAGCUUCGGAAAGCAGAAGAAAAACAUGGCUUCGGCGGCUGUUCGUGUGGCCACAUCUGCAGCAGCGCGGCGACCAACCAAGGCGCUGAUGACAGUGACAGCUGCAGCAGCGGCACAAUUGAAAGUGUUGCUGGCCGAGCAGCCCGGCUCGUAUGGCAUGCGCAUUGGCGUCAAGAAGCGCGGAUGCAGCGGCCUUUCCUAUACACUCGAUUUUGCAGACAAGAAGUUGCCUCUGGAUGAGGAGGUCAAGGCCGAAGGAUUGAACGUACUCAUCGACUCCAAGGCGCUCUUCUCGCUGAUCGGGACGGAAAUGGAUUAUGUAUCCGACCGGUUGCGGUCUGAGUUUGUGUUUACCAAUCCGAACGUCAAGUCCAUGUGCGGGUGCGGCGAGUCCUUCAACGUGGUUGAUACCGCUGCCGAUAGCAACAGUGGGUACAUUCCAACGCUUGCAAACACACCCAGUCCUGCUGCUGGACAAGUUGGCGCUGUCAAGGCACCUGUGUCCUCCUCCUCCUCCUCCUCGUCUUCGUCUUCGUCCGGUGCUGCAGUGUCUGCAACUCCAGCUGCCGCCAGCAACGGCAGUGUCAACACUGCAGUUCCAAACCGCUCCAUCCAUUCUCUAGCCAGACAACCACAGGCUUCCAAGCUCUUGUCCCCGUUGAUUGCGCUCGCCACGAGUUUGCGGAGGUGACAUGAGCGUUUUGUGUUUUGCGCGGCCAGUUUCUCAAAAUUGUUUGAAGGAGAUGUGUAUUAAUAUCAGUGAAGAAAGAAGGUUUUGGUUGUGA